CAUAUUGCCAGAUUGACAAACAUAGACCGCGUACUAACCGUCAUGGCUACAAUACUGCGCCGCCUGCCAAUGCGCGCCCCUCUUCACAACAAUGGCUACCUUUGCAGCGCAAAUGCUACGAUGAUGUCUCGCGCGUUAGCAGCAUUUUCGACCCAUUCGGCUCGUUGCGACAAGGAGGCGGCUUCUCAAGACACCCAGAGUAAGGAAGAAGAACCAAAGCACUGGAAGUACGAUUUCAGCUUCAAGACGCAGAUGAGCAAGACGGCGUUCAUCGCUGGCCUGGCCCUGGGGGGGUCGCUGGGAGGCUGGUCUUGGUAUCGGGAUCUUCGGGGUUGGUGGACAGGUAUUCCUAAUGAAGGAGAGGUUUAGGCAUCCGGGGUUGGUCGUGGUCCUUUUACUUUAUCGCGUGAACGGGAGACUACGGCGGAAACUAGAUUCCAUUGACUCAUUUUAUGCUAGAACGAAAUCCAGGAAAUUGAGUCGUCAGUCAGGCCACUGUCAACAUUCAAUUCCCCUGCCUUGAGCUACAGUACGGUAAAACAAGAUUGGUCUACACUGCAUGUCGUGUCGUCCCGUGAUACCCUGAGACAGGUAUGGUGACUGAUGCCCUACAAGAAGAACAGAGCAAUGCUUGCUUCUUCAGAUGCAAGUCGG